GGGCGGGCCGGUGCAUUGGCGCCGCGUUCCUCGGCGGCGGCCGGGAACUACAGGCGCGAGGAUGGCGGCUCCCUUGCUGCUGGUGAUCCUGGUGGCCGUGACGGUCCGGGCCGUGCUCUACCGCUCCAGCCUCGCCGCCUUCAUCUCCGAGCGGGUGGAGGUGGCGUCCCCGCUAAACGCCUGGAAGCGAGUGGUUGAAGGAUUAGCCCUGCUGGAUUUAGGGGUCUCACCAUAUUCUGGAGCUAUUUUUCAUGAGACCCCACUGAUAAUCUAUCUCUUUCACUUCCUGAUUGAGUAUGCAGAGUUGGUGUUCAUGAUAACUGAUGUACUAACUGCUGUUGCCCUUUACUUGGCCAUUCAGGACUUCAACAAAGUUGUGUUCAAAAAGCAAAAGCUCCUGAUAGAGCUGGAUAAAUAUGCACCAGAUGUGGCUGAACUCAUCAGGACACCCAUGGAAAUGCACUAUAUCCCCCUCAAGGUAGCACUGUUCUAUCUGUUAAACCCCUACACUGUGAUGUCUUGUGUGGCAAAGUCCACCUGUGCCAUCAACAACACUGUCAUUGCAUUCUUCAUUUUAGCUACAAUAAAAGGUAGUGCCUUCCUCAGUGCUGUGUUCCUGGCCUUGGCAACAUACCAGUCACUCUACCCUCUCACAUUGUUUGCUCCAGCACUGCUUUACCUUCUACAGCGUCAGUUCAUACCAAUAAAACUGAAAAGUAAAAGCUUCUGGCUCUACAGCAUGCAGUAUGCAUCCCUGUACCUGUGCAGCCUGGUGGUGAUCAUCUGCCUCUCCUUCUUCCUCCUCAACUCCUGGGAUUUCAUCCCAUCUGUUUAUGGCUUUAUCCUCUCUGUUCCGGACCUGACACCCAAUAUUGGCCUUUUCUGGUACUUCUUUGCAGAGAUGUUUGAACACUUCAGUCUUUUCUUCGUUUGUGUGUUUCAAAUCAAUGUUUUCUUCUACACCAUUCCCUUGGCUAUAAAGCUGAAGGAACAUCCUGUGUUCUUCAUGUUUGUCCAGAUUGCAAUCAUUUCUAUCUUCAAGUCCUAUCCCACUGUGGGAGACAUUGCACUGUAUAUGGCCUUCCUUCCAGUCUGGAGCCACCUUUACAGAUUCCUUCGGAACAUCUUCAUCCUGUCGUGUGUGCUCAUUGUCUGCUCCCUCCUCUUCCCCGUCCUCUGGCAUCUGUGGAUUUAUGCAGGAAGUGCCAACUCCAAUUUUUAUUAUGCCAUCACGCUGACUUUCAACAUAGGGCAGAUCCUGCUCAUCUCGGAUUAUUUCUACGCCUUCCUCCGGCGGGAGUACUACCUCACCCAUGGACUGCAUUUGACAAGGCAGGAUGGGACAGAGCCCAUGCUUGUUUUGAAAUAAGGAUUGUGCUCCCCAUUCUCUGGGACAUGGACCACUCAAAGGAAUGUGCAAAGCUUGGUGUGUGGGGUGGGUGAGGAAGAUUCCCUGAAUGAGAUCCGACUUUGGAAAUGGUACCUACUGCAAGAAAGGGCUGAGGUUCUUCUGGGAAUACCCUACUGAGCUGUGGGGUUGGUGCAGAGACACUAAGAACAGCCAGUAGGAGCUGCAGUGCCUCCCCUGGAGCAUCUCCCUUCUUCCCUCAGCUCUGCUUUUCACUGCGACCUCAGCCAUCAUCUCUGGGCAGUCCAGUAGGAACUGGAAAAAGGGUUUGAGCUAAAAGCAGGGCUGAAUCUCUGGCCCAGAAUGAGCUCAGACCAUAAACUCUUUACUGUCACUUCUGCUUGGAGAUGUUUGCUGCUUCUGGAAUUUGCCCCUUCACUGCUUUGCCCAGGCAUGGUCCUGCUUGGCACAAGGCAGUCUCUGGGUGCCUGGUGCCUGAGCCCGGGGUGCAGGUGCCAUUUCAUGGUUCUGCUGUUAAGGAUCUGAAAAGAAUCAGUGUGCUCAGGCACAGUGGGUGCUUGUGAAACAAAUGGUGACCAAGAAGGGCAGUUGAAGCUGCUGCCACUGGUAAUAGUCUUGGAGCUGAAACAGUAAUAACUGGAACUGGGAUGAAAGCAGGAGCUGGUGGUACUGGUGAACUGCUGUGUCCCACUGAAGCAACACAGACACUUCCAUGUCAGAAGCUGCACAGAGGUAUUACAGGGUCUCAGAAGAAGGAACAUUGCUGUGGAGAUAGAUUCCCACUGCUCCUUGUGUCUGUAGGGUAACAAAGCCUGGGCUCAGACUGUACCCUUGGGAUUGCUUGGGGCAGCAGCCUGGGUGUGGAAGGAGCAAGAUGACUGCCUGGGCUAGGGACCAGGAGGUGUCAGCAUCUCCCCUUGAAGGCCUCAGGCUCAAUCCAGAUGAAACUUCAACUGCUGCUGUUGUGGAGUUGUUGGGUUCCAGUUGCUCCCCAGCUGCUCCACACUGGGACAGUGCCCUCUGGUACCCGGGGGCUCUUCCUGGGCUCACUGCUCCCCUCUCUGCUCAGCCCUGCUCCCUUCCCAGCUGCUGCUGACCCCACCGAUGUCACCCACGUUGGCAAAGCCACUAGCCUGGCUUCAUUUCCCAGGAAAACUCCGAAGAGCUAGGACUAUCACAACACCGAAACUCAACUGCACAGUGUUCAGGGCGACAGAGCCCGAGGUGCCCAGGCAGUUGUGUAAACAGCUCUUUCUUAUUUUUUUUUUUGGACAAUUAAAACUUUACGUUUGCCUUACUGCACUGCUCUUAGCGCUUUGGGGGGGUGGUUCAGCCCAGCCCAGCUCCCGGGCCGGGGGUGGGCACCGAGGCGGGACCGCUCGGGGCUGCGGGGCAUGGCCGGGAGCGAAAUAAACCGGGAGUUUUAAACACC